AUGGCCUUUACAAAGUUUACACAACGCCAAAGCAUACAACAACAUGUCAAAACUGUGGCAGAAUUUACCCUCGUGAAGGACAAUGUCCGGCAAAAGGAAAGCAGUGUCGCAAAUGUGGUAAGUGCAAUCACUUUGCUAAAGUUUGUCGUGGACAGUCAAAAUUUAAGCAGAGAAUGAAACAAAAUCAGGGGGCAAACAUCCUAAAAAAACGAUCAAGAUGAAGAUUAUGUCUAUGCGAUAAAAGAUCAUCAAAAAACCCCGAAAGUCAUUGUCAAUGUUUGUCAACACUCAUUUAAAGCCAAUGUUGAUACUAGCGCUACCAUAAACGUAAUAGAUAAAACCCAGCCUAGUCCCAGGCUCUCUCUCUCUAUUCGCUGCUUUGAUAUAUUUAAAUAAGUCUUAAACGUUUUAUGCCUGGGUGUGCUGUGCGGAACGCUUCAGCGAGAAAGCCUAGCAGAUUUCGGUAAAAUGGUCCCUGAUUGCAAAAAAGUGGUCCCUGGCCUGGUUACCAAGCAUACCGCAUUUGUAAAUAGAAAAUGUUAUGGAAAUUUCCUUUGCGUUUAUAAUUAAGUCAUUAGUUUCGCUCUAAUGCUGUCGGAACAAUGAAAUAGACUACGUUUCGCUACCAUACGGUCAGAAUGGAAUAAUGGGCUAAAUAUGACUCGUGUUUACUAAAAUAUAAAGCCAUAUUAACUGCUAUCUAGAAGAUUGAAAAUUAUGCCAAGUCUUCGACUACAACACAGUCUAUCAACAAGUAUUUCCAAUGUCCUCAGCUACUUAAAUCUGUCAAGUAGAAAGUGUAGUUGUGUAUAAUAGUAGGGUCGAUCUAGUGUUGAUCACAACUUGCGAGUAUAUAAAUAACAUCAAUGAUUAUACGACCAUUGCACAGACUCAGCAUCGUAAAUUUCUAUAUAAUUUUUUUAAUUGAGCACAUUUUUAAUACAGUUUGAAUUUGGUUAUGUAGACAUCGAACAUGAUCAACGAACAUUGUCAACAUUUGUCGUAUUUACAAGGUUAUUUGUAUAUAUAAAUUUUCCACCAUAUUAAAAAUGCUGAAAUCUGCUAGGCGUUCUGAAGCACCUUCCUUUAGCGGUGAUGUCACACCCUAGGUCCCAGUCUCGUUCUACAUCCACGUUUUUUCUCGCCCUUGCUUCAGAAUGACUGGGACUAGGCUGGAUAAAACCACUUACGAUAACAUGAGUGUCCCACAACUUACGAAAACAUCUAUUAAAGCCUUCGCGUACAACGCUACAAAGCCCGUGCAUUUCUUGGCAAGUUCGAGGCUUAAUUGAAACAAAGAAACACAUUGCAGUUGCUACUUUCUACAUUGCCAAGACAACGAACAGUGGUAAUCUGAUCUCUGCCACAACAGCGCAGGAAAUAGGGUUAAUCAACCUUAACCUUAAUAAGGUGUCCACUACAAAGAAUAACAAUCUGGACAAAAUUUUGAACAAGCCUGGAACAAAUAUUCCGGCUGAUUAUUUGCCCCACCACCCGACAUUAACCAGCUCCAAACAGGCAUCAAUGACCGAGGAUUAUAUUAACCUGAUCGCAUGCUGUAGUGUUCCGAAAACACUAACGCUAGACGAAGUUGAAACUGCCAUGGACUCGGAUAAAACGCUAUGUGGAUCAGCGAUCAAACUUAACAAAUGGCAUUAUGACCUUGUGAAAGCAUUCAAACCUGUAAAGGACGAACUGACCAUCACAAGCAAAGGUGUAGUUCUUCGUGGUACAAGAAUAGUGCUACCACAGUCACUCCAGCAACCGUGCAGUCGACAUUGCUCACGUCACCCAUCUUGGACUGAGCAAAAGCAAAGCCCUUAUCCGUGA